AUGACCUUCUCAAGCGAGACUGUCCCUGACGCCUCUGUUAUACGGAUACAAAGCUACCUGCCCUGCUCGUCCUCACGGAAAGCACUAGCAAUUGCUUCCACCAUCCAGUCCGCGGCAAUUGUACUGGUAGGACUGUCUAAGUUCAUCCAGAGAUGUCCCGCCCUGUUUCCUCCCGAGUUUAUGAUUAGCCUUGCAACGCGUGGAAGCCCGGUGAAGAUGGUCCUUCCUUUUGAUGUUCCGGACGACGCGGAGAGAUGGGUUGAUGAACAAGACAGGCGAAAUAAUGGAUGCUUUGACGACUCUGACGUCAGUCCCAUAUCAACCAGCUUCCUGCCUCUUCUGCACAUGUCUCUCCGUGAAAUCGAACGGUCGCUUUCUUCCGCCAACGAUGUACUGGCAUCCCCGUUCCUGUCACCAGUUGGGUCACAGUGA